GUAAAACACUCCCUAGAAAAGUGCAUAACCUGACACGGACAUCUCUUCUUGCACGCCCGUCGAAGCAACACCGGCCGCGAUAAAAGCCUUCCUUCCUUGCUUGUUCGUUGCAACUCUCUCUCUCUCUCUCUCGAUCGAGAUCGAGAUCGAGAUCUAUCGAUUCAUCUCUCCGAGAAUUCUAUAGCGCCUCUCGGUAUCCCAUCAUGCAUCGGUUGCCAUUCGCAAUAGGGGUCACGGCCAGAGCGCAGCGAGCGGGCUCGGGCUUGUUCCUCAAUGCUUUGAGAACCCUACACUCAACAUCUUUUGCUACAGUGACAGUCGAUGCUAUUUCAAGUUCCCACCCAGCAGAAGUAAAGAACUUGGUUCAAGGUGAAUGGAAGGUAUCUUCUGGUUGGAAUUGGCUUCUUGAUCCCUUAAAUGGCAGUCCUUUCAUUAAAGUUGCUGAUGUUCAGGAAGCAGAAAUUGAGCCAUUUGUGCACAGCUUAUGCAGGUGCCCCAAGUAUGGGCUCCACAAUCCAUUUAGAGCUCAAGAUAGAUACUUGCUAUAUGGUGAUGUAUCUGCAAAAGCUGCACAGAUGCUCGCUCAACCUCAGGUUUCAGAAUUUUUUGCAAGGCUUAUCCAAAGAGUAUCACCGAAGAGUUAUAACCAAGCUCUUGGUGAAGUCAAUGUAACCCAAAAAUUUUUGGAGAAUUUUUCUGGAGACCAGGUGCGGUUCCUAGCUCGAUCAUUUGCAGUACCAGGCAACCACCUUGGGCAGCAGAGCCAUGGCUAUCGAUGGCCAUAUGGUCCUGUUGCUAUAAUUACGCCUUUCAAUUUCCCAUUGGAGAUUCCCGUAUUGCAACUAAUGGGUGCACUAUACAUGGGCAAUAAACCAAUUAUUAAAGUUGAUAGCAAGGUGAGCAUUGUGAUGGAGCAAAUGCUUCGAUUGCUUCAUGAUUGUGGGUUACCUAGAGAGGAUGUUGACUUCAUCAACUCUGAUGGUAAAACAAUGAAUAAACUUUUGCGAGAGGCAAAGCCACAAAUGACACUUUUUACUGGGAGUUCACGAGUAGCUGAAAGUUUAGCUGUGGACUUGAAAGGCCGCAUUAAAUUGGAAGAUGCAGGUUAUGAUUGGAAAAUCCUUGGUCCAGAUGUUCAAGAGGUUGAUUAUGUUGCAUGGGUAUGCGAUCAAGAUGCUUAUGCUUGUAGUGGCCAAAAGUGCUCUGCUCAGUCAAUUCUAUUCAUUCAUGAGAAUUGGGCUUCCAGUGAGCUACUGUCUAAAAUGCAACUUCUUGCUGGGCGACGAAAGCUGCAGGAUUUAACUAUUGGCCCUGUUCUUACUGUCACAACAGAAAGCAUGCUGGAACAUAUCCAGAAGUUGCUUAAGAUUCCAGGAUCUGAACUACUUUUUGGUGGUGAAGAGUUGGAGAAUCAUUCUAUUCCAAAAAUUUAUGGUGCACUGAAACCAACAGCUGUUUUUGUUCCUUUAGCAGAAAUACUUAAACCUGAUAACUUUGAGCUUGUUACAAAAGAAAUUUUUGGCCCCUUCCAGAUUAUCACUUACUACAAGCAUGAUCAGCUCACUGAGGUGUUGAAUGUUUGUGAGAGGAUGCAUGCACAUUUAACAGCUGCUGUGGUCUCAAAUGAUCCAUUGUUCCUGCAGGAAGUGCUUGGGAAGUCGGUGAAUGGGACGACAUAUGCUGGAAUCAGGGCAAGGACCACUGGAGCUCCACAGAACCACUGGUUUGGCCCAGCUGGCGAUCCCAGAGGUGCAGGAAUUGGCACCCCAGAAGCAAUCAAACUUGUUUGGUCUUGCCACAGAGAGAUUAUACACGAUAUCGGGCCCUUGCCACAGAAUUGGGAAGUCCCACCACCUUCAUAAAGUAGCUGAUUGAAAAAUUGAUCCAUAAAAACAGAGUUAGCCGGGGCAGAUAUAAAACUGAGAAGAAUGUACUUUUUAUGACUGAAGAGAAAGAAAGGAGUCCUCUCAUGAUCCAUAUCAAGCAUUCCUCUCAUAGGUUUUGUUUAUGGACCAGGAUUUGCACGAGGGUAAUACAACGUGAAGGCAGUGGGUCUGAGAUGGUUGGCGUGCUCUCAUCUUGCAGUUUAUGUUAUAACAUGUAUGCAUUGUAGAAACUUACGUUAUGGCGCUUAGUUCUUGCUAAUUAUAACCUCUUGAGCUCUUUGGUCAUUAAUUUGAUUGAUUUGUAUUAUCCA